CUGAACGACACUGGUUCAGCAAUGGCGGUGAUCAACGGUGUAGCAGCUGAAUUAAAUGAGCUAGCAAAUAUCACCGAUAAUGACGAGUUUAUUUUGCUUCGAGUUGAAGCUAUUUUGGAUACUCUUGGAAACUUUGCGGCUGUCACAAACUCUGUUGUAGAUCCAGUGGUUCUUAGUAAGUUGCAGGAUGUUGUGGAGUGCCUUCAGGCAGCAAACUGUCUUGGGGAUCGCCUUGGCCCUGGUCGUCCAAAGUACGACAUACCUGUAGAGACGAUACGGAUGCAUCUUUUGAGUGGUUUUACUGUUCAGGAGAUAGCAGACUUAUUUGAAGUAAGCAACAAAACCAUCAGACGGAGGAUGGAACAGCAUCAUAUGAGGGUAUCUGAUCUGUAUUCAACUAUAAGUGAUGCAGAACUUGACAGCACCAUUGAAGACAUACAAAGAUUGUAUCCAAACUCGGGGUACAGAAUAAUUCAUGGUCAUCUGCAUUCACGAGGUCUCCAUGUUCAAACUUUGAGAGUACGAGAAUCGGUAAGGAGAGUAGAUCCACAUGGAACACUGAUGCGAGCAAUGUCGAUGCGAACCAUAAGGCGACGUCAGUAUACUGUUCCUUGUCCCAAUGCUAUGUGGCAUAUUGACGGCAAUCAUAAACUCAUCAGAUGGAGAUUGGUGAUUCACGGCGGUAUUGAUGGUUUCAGCCGACUAGUAGUUUAUCUGUCUGCAUCCUCAAAUAACCGAGCAUGCACUGUUCUCAGGAACUUCAUGGCUGCUGUGAAUGAGUAUGGUUUACCAUCAAGGGUCCGGUCUGAUAAAGGUGGGGAGAAUAUUGCAGUUGCUGAGUACAUGGUGGCACACAGAGGAGAAAACAGGAAUUCUCACAUUACAGGGAGAAGCGUACACAAUCAGAGAAUUGAGAGGCUUUGGAGAGAUGUGUAUGAACAUGUUUUAAGCAUGUUUUAUCACAUCUUCUACAACAUGGAGACAGAGGGAAUACUCAAUCCAGAUUCAGAGACUGACAUUUUUGCUCUUCACUGGAGUUUUGCGCCUCAUUUGCAGAGGCAUCUCGCUUUCUUUAAAGAUGCCUGGAAUAACCACCGCAUCAGAACUGCUGGGAGCCAGUCACCCGUCCAGCUUUGGUUGAGAUACAGUGCCAACAAUACUGAUGACCCAAUUCAAGUGGAUGAAAAUUAUGGGAUUGACUGGGAUGGUCCCCCAAGUCAUGACAGCGAUGGAGUGUCAGUUCCAGAAGUGGCUCUUCCUCGACAACUUACUGAACAGGAAUUGAGUACCCUGCCAAAUCCUAAUGUGCCCUUUUCAGAUGCCAUUGACACAUACUACAACACAGUUACUAAACUUCAUCAACUACUGGACAACGUUUAAGCAGUACUGUAUUUUACAGCAUUUGAAAUGUUGAUAUAAACUCUCCAGCCACGGUUUUUUAAGUUUAUUCAAGAACCCAGGCAAAGCACUGUUUGCGUUUUAUUAAACUUGAAUAAGACACAUUUGUCUAACAUUGCUUACUGUUUUUUUUUAACAAAACAGUUAAUGCAGUGAACUGUUGUAAACGAGACAUAACCUCAUAUUCUCAUAUUUUCUAUGUAAUAAAUGACUUUGACAAACUACGUUGCAAAACUGUUUUUCGUAAUUGUGAACAAAAUAGUGCAGAAACAUGCACUAAUGCUGUUGUUGAGUAAUUGGCACAUUCCAAAAUGAGCUAACAUGCGGUUUAAAC